UACACACCACAUCAAUGAAUCGAAUUUAGGGAUGUGUUUGUCCCGCGGUGUCCGGUGAGUACAGAUGUAUUUCUCAUUACGUAGGACACUACAGAUCGGCGUAUAAGUUUGGACUUCUGGCAGGAAGCAUGGAUGUAGUCAGGUACGGAAAAAUAACUCGCUGAUCGAGUAAUUUUUUCUUCGUGAUACAAUGUUAACAGGACUUUCAGUUUCUGUGUGUUUUGACAAGUAAUUGCCUGAGGAUUUGUCAUAGACAAGUUGGAGUCUGUCCUGAAAAUGGCGUCACCAAACAGCACUGCGAGUAGUGUUACCAUGCUUGUCUUUGACGCAGACGUGUUGUUAAGGGAUUGGAAUACCAGAUUGGCAAACUUGUUCAUACCUCUGGACGUUUUGUUCAUUCUCAUAACAUGUGUAGGGUUCCUUGGAAACAUGGUGGUUUGCAUUGUCUACAAGUUUUGUAUGAAAGGAAAAAUCAACGAUCGCUUCUUCAUCCCACUGCUAGCUUUAAUGGACGCCAUGGUGUGUCUGGUGGGGCCCAUCAUAUCCCUCAUUCUCAGCAUUAGACCCGUGACCUUCUAUGGAGACGCCAUUUGUAAAAUAUCCAUCUUUUGUUUCAGAGUAAUGCUGAACUCUUCUGUUCUACUCAUGUUGGUUAUAGCUGUUCAAAGAUACCGAAAGGUAUGUCAUCCCUUCGGGGGAAAAUACGAUUUAAAACGCUGCAAGAUUGAUGCUUCGAUCAGCAUAAGUUUCGCAACGAUAAUGGCGAUCCCUAACCUCAUUUUCUUUGGAGAAAUUCCAGUUCGAGACACGAUAAAAAACAUCACUGUGGUUGGACACCGGUGUGGACUUCGGACAGAGGGGUCUGAGUUGUUGGAUACUACGAUAUACUUCUACCAAGUUCUCUGUUUCAUUGUAGUUGUGGCCAUUGUAAUAGCACUGAUAGUAAUGUAUUCGUGUGUCGGUAAAAAAAUCUACGUUCAGGCAAAACGAGUGGAACACGCACGCACCAGCAGCAUGACAUCCGGUUCAGAAAGCGACAGCCAGUACGGGUCCUCUACAGGGAAUAGCGGUAACGGUGGGGUAAAACUUAAACUACCAGAGAAAGGGAGAUCUAAGGCAUCGAACAGUGAAUCUUCAACUAUGUUGAAAUCUAAUGGAUCUCGUAGGUCUCAGAGGUCCCGGAGUUGUCCCUCCACUCCAACCUCGCCCAAUGGCAGCAUGUCAAAGCCACAUUUCAAACAGAAACGAGCAAAGUCUGUGAGCAGACGAUACACGAUUUUAUUCAUGGCGAUCUCGGUAUUCUUUGUGCUGUCCUACUUGCCGACUCUAUUAGCUAAUACAAUAUCCAAAAACAUGUGGGAUUCACCCUCUUUCUGGACCGACAACUCGGAUCAGGAAAAAACUAUGUAUACCUACCUAUUUUUUACUUACUUUAUCAACCAUAUCGCCAAUCCGUUCUUUUACGGAUUUUUUGACUCGUCAUUCCGGCGAAGGAUAGCUAAAUCCUGUCGUUGUAAUUUUUUGGCGUAUCGGUUUGGGAAAUGAAGUGUAGUGAUUGGAUGUUUAACACAAGUAGUGAAAAUAAGGAACCACGACAUUUAUCCGUAUUGUGCUUAGCGGUUGGGUAAGAUUAAUUUGAUCUAAUCUGUGAUAUACCCGUACUUACUGUGUGAAUACAAACGGACAAUGAAUACAGGCCGAAGGUGUUCCCCUCUCCUGACACAAGUACAUUUUAUCUAGUCAUCGGGAUGUUCUUAUAUGGUGAUAUAACUAUUGUGUGAACACAAACGGACAUAAUAAACAUGUGACAUGCCGAA